GAAAGAGAGCUAGAAAGAUCAGCAGAACCAGUUUGUCAAGCUGAGGGGACCAAGACUGAACACGCAAGAACACUGGAAAUACAACGCGUCACCAUUACAGGAGAACACAGCAUCCUCCGUCUGGCAGCAAGAGUAAGGACUACAUCACCCCACCCCCCCCAAGUGUGUCGAAACAUGGUUGUGUGUGAGGAGGACCGGGAGUGCGGGGUGUGCUACCAGGCUUACACUCGCUCGGAGCGGGUCCCUCGCCUGCUGCACUGCAGCCACGUCUUGUGCACCCUGUGCCUGGAGCGCAUGAGCCGGGCCCUCAGCUCCCUCCUGGCCGUACGCUGCCCCUUCUGCCGCUGGACCACCUGCGUGGGGCCCAACCUCAGCCUGCAAGAGGGGCUGUGGGUCCACACCGAGCUGUGGGACCAGAUCUCCGAACACGAGGACAAGAAUGAAGAGGAGAGAGAGGAGGAGGAGGAGGAGAAGAGCCAGGGGCAGGCCACCAGACAGGUCCAACUCACUCAACAGUCAAAAUGGUCUUCUCUCAAGAGCUACAAGCUUCAUCUAGAGGUUCCCCCCAUCCUGAAGAGACUCUCCAACAACUUGCAGAGAACUUUCCAGAUCAGCCACCAGACAUGUAGCACGUCAUGACACAAGAGUCUAGAGUUUUGAGGGGACUUCCAAGAAGAAUUAAAAACCAGGAGAGAAGACAGAGGAAGACGAU